AUGGCUAGGAAAUUCGAGAGUGUCAAAGACAUAAACGACGCGAAGGAUCUUUGGAAGAUAUCUGUGAAAGUCAAAGAAAAAUGGACUAACUUGAAGGAUGGAAAAGAGUCUAUUGAACUUUUGGUUGUGGACAACAAGGGAGAUGAUAUAUCUGUGUUCAUUCCUAACGAGCUACAUCAGAAAUUUGAAAAAGACAUUCCUAUAACUGUGAACAACACUUACACAAUGCAAAAUUUUCAAGUUACCAAAAAUGAUGACCAGUUCAAAACAUCGUGCCAUGAUUACAAGUUGAGGUUCAAUGGUGGAACUUUAGUAAAAGAUGUCAAUGUCCAUCAAAUUCCUGAUGCAGUCACAAAGUUGAAACCUUUUAGUGAAUUCAUCAAUCUUGAUUUUCGUGAAGAUUUAUUAUAUGAUAUUGUUGGAUUGGUGGAUCAAAUUGGUUAUUCACAGUAUAUUGCUGGAACUAGGAAAGUUCAAGUUAACCUUACUCUUCGAGACCUUUGCAACAUUCCAAUUGCUUGCACUCUAUGGGAAAACUAUGCACUUAAGUUCUUCGAUGUUCAGAAUGAAUCUAAGGGUGAACCAAUUAUUGUAUUGAUGAAAUAUGCUAAAAUCAAAAAAGAAGGAAAAUGGUCGUUGACAAUAUCAAACACAUGGAGUACCACUAAGCUUUUCAUCAAUGAAGAAGUUCCAGAGAUUGUUGAGUUCAAGAAAAGACAAUGCUUCGGUGAAGCUCCUCCAUAUAAAUGCGGCGAUGACCAUGAAACUGAAACAGAAAUUCUUAGGUACAAGUUGGAUGUUGAGCUUGGUGAUGGUCAGACUAAGGCAACUUUUGUCUUCUGGGACCGUGAAUGUGAACAAUUAAUUGGCAAAAGUGCCCUUGUGCUACGAUCUGAGAUGUUGGCGGAUGGAAUCCACGAUCCUCUUGAUUAUCCAGAAGACAUCGAUCUAAUUGCUGGGAAAACUUUGGCUGUUAAAGUUAAGUGGCAACCCAAGUGA